GAUUGCAAGUCGACCACGUAUUUUGAGCGAAGUAUGGGAAAAGGUGGAAAUAACAUUCAUAACUGGGAGAUCCAAAAAGCAACCAACGUGAAACUACAAUCCCAUCAUGUGUCCCGUGAAAAAAGAAGUCGAAUUAUGGGAAAAAAUGGGAAUGACAGAUUCCGUGGAUGCACGAUAUGGUUCACAGGGCUUUCAGGAGCUGGAAAAACAACAGUUUCAUUCUCCUUGGAAGAACGCCUCGUGUCUAUCGGAUUGGCAGCUUACAGCCUCGAUGGUGACAACAUGAGGCACGGAUUGAACAAAAACUUGGGAUUUUCCGAGGAAGAUAGAAAAGAGAAUAUCAGGAGGGUUGCAGAGGUAGCAAGACUAUUUGCCGACGCAGGACACAUCUGCCUAUGCAGUUUCAUCUCCCCUCAAGCCUCAGAUCGCGAGAUGGCUAGAAAAAUCCAUGAAAAUAGCGGCCUUCCUUUCUUCGAAGUCUUUGUUGAUACGCCUUUAAAUGUUUGCGAAGAGCGAGAUAUCAAGGGCCUCUACAAGAAGGCUAGGCAAGGGCUCAUCAAAGGAUUCACUGGAAUCGAUCAAGAGUACCAAAAACCAGAGCAUCCGGAAUUGGUCCUGAAAACUGUCAGUGCAUCCAUAGCGGAGUCCGUCGAAUUAGUUCUGGAGAUGCUGACAGAAAACGAAAUCAUACCAAAAUAUCUGGACAGUACCCAAGUGAAUGGAAUGUCUAAUGGAGAUGUGUUUUCCGGGAAGCAUGAUAUCACUGUUCCAGAAUUAUUUGUUCCUGAACAUAAACUGAAAGAAACGUUACUCGAAGCUGAAAAAAACCCGAAACUCGAUAUAGGAGUGGUGGAUCUGCAGUGGAUUCAAGUACUAAGUGAAGGGUGGGCAUAUCCUCUGAAAGGCUUCAUGAGAGAAAACGAAUUAUUACAGGCUUUGCAUUUCAAUACCGUAGAGAAAGACGGUGAAAGGAUCAGCCAGAGCAUUCCUAUUGUGCUAGCCAUUGGUACGAGCGAUAAAGAGAGAUUGGAAGGAUGUAACGCAAUUUCACUGUAUUAUGAUAACCAUCUGUAUGCAGUCUUGAGAAAUCCCGAAAUUUACCAUCACAGAAAAGAAGAAAGAGUAGCGAGGCAGUUUGGAACUACAGAUAAAGGUCACCCAUACAUCAAGAUGAUCUACGACUCUGGCGACUGGUUGGUAGGCGGCGACUUGGAAGUUAUGAAACCCAUAAAAUGGAACGACAAUUUAGACGAAUACCGUUUGACUCCCAACCAACUCCGAGGGAAAUUCAAGGAAAUGAAGGCGGACGCUGUUUUUGCUUUCCAACUUCGCAAUCCCAUCCACAAUGGGCAUGCACUCCUGAUGACUGAUACAAAUAGGCAGCUCCGCCAAAGGGGGUACAAGAAGCCGGUGCUGCUCUUGAAUCCUUUAGGUGGUUGGACGAAAGACGACGACGUUCCGCUAGAAAUACGCAUGAGACAGCACCAGGCAGUGCUUGAACAGGGCAUUUUGGAUAAAGACAGUACCGUGUUGGCGAUCUUUCCCAGUCCUAUGAUGUACGCGGGUCCAACAGAGGUUCAAUGGCAUGCAAAAGCAAGGAUGGUAGCAGGUGCCAACCACUACAUAGUAGGAAGAGAUCCAGCAGGGGUGCCACAUCCACAAGGAAAACACGCUUCAAUAGAUGGAAACUUAUAUGAAGCAACGCAUGGGGGACGCGUUCUUAAAAUGGCUCCCGGAUUAACUUCUCUCGAAAUCAUUCCAUUUAGAGUGGCAGCAUAUGACAUGACAAACAAAAAAAUGGAUUUCUUCAAACCACAAAGGAAGGACGAAUUCGAUUUUAUCUCAGGAACCAAAAUGCGAAAAUUUGCAAGAACAGGAGAAGAUCCACCAGAAGGUUUCAUGGCCCCGAAAGCAUGGCAAAUCAUAUCGGAUUACUACCAAUCUCUAGACAUCAAAUCGUAAUUUUAACUCUAACUUUAAAUAGAUUCAUGACGUAUUUAGUAAUGCAAAAAGCAAAAAUUAUAAUACUUUUAACCACUCACCAGAAGUACUGCUCUGAAAAAUGGUUAUAAUAAUAGGGGAGCCCAAGCGGGGAUUUCGGGAUUUACUAAAGCGCGGCAGAUUAAUACACAGGGAGAUACCUUG